AUGGGUACAACUACAGUAUUUGCGGCUCCACCUCAAGAGUGGAAAUUUGGUUUAUUUGAUUGCUUUGCAGACCCAAUGCUUUCCUUAAAGACUUACUGUUGUUCUUGUAUCACCUAUGGAGAAACCAAAGCUAAAUUACAUAAUGAUGGAAGUUGUUUUACUCAAGCCCUAAUUUAUUUUUGUGUUGGAGUUUGUUUGGUGCCUUGCAUCAUGGGUGGACUUGGUCGUGGUGAGAUACGUAAUGCCCGUAAUAUUGAAGGUUCGAAUGUUGGCGAUUUUGUUACCCAUUGGUGUUGUGGUUGUUGUGCUUUGGUACAAGAAAAUCGUGAAGUUUUCGCAUAA